GAGAGAGAGAGAGAGAGAGAGAGAGAGAGAGAGAGAGAGAGAAAGAAGGAAGCCAUUUUGGUGCCUUGAUGGCAUGUUGGCUUGAACUUUUCUGUCUGGUUUCUUCUCUUGUAAAGACUCCAACUUUAAGACAGCGGAAGGAGUGGUGAGGAUCGAGGCCUGUCCGCCUGUCGAAGAACAGACGUCCCACUGAAGAAAAGCAGCAGGACAAGCAAAGGGAGAUAAAGCUCUUAAGACCUCAGAGACACAGCGUAUAUCUCCUCUCCAGGUGUGUGGUGAUGGUGGACUGGUCUUAUUAGAGCUGAGGUCUUUGGUUUCGCACUGGCUGAUUGUACGUCCAAUCUUUGAGAGUCUCUGGAGGACCCAGGAUGAGCUCUGAUCGGACACCGUCGAGGUCGGAGGUGAUGGGGUGGAGUCCCCAGCAGUUGGCAGACUACCUGAAGAGGAUGAAUCUGUCCGGCUGUGACAAAGUGGUAAUGAAGAACUCCAUCAGUGGAUCCAGAUUUGUGAAUCUGAGCGAUAACGACCUGCAGAAGUUCCCCAAGCUUCACGCUCCGUUGAUCUCAAAGAUCAGUACAGAGAUCAGCAAAAAGGAGGAGAGGCGAGGACUGUUUGGAAAAAGGACGACUCCAAAAUAUCAAGAGCCAGAGAUCGUGGCUGAGGGUUGGGAUGAAGACGAGUUUGAGGAGUUUGAUGAUGACUAUGAGAGUCCGUACAGCGGUGAUGAAGAGGGCAGCGGGGGGGACUAUGAGUCCCCAAAUGAGGACCAGGACGGAGCAAACGACUAUGAGCCGCCUCCGACCGAACCUCCGGAGGACCUGGCUCACAAGAUGUUGACCAACCUGCCGAUGGGAGAUUACAUCGAUAACCACGUAUCAUCCAGAGACCCGCCCCCUGUUGUGUGUCCCCGCCCUUCAGUCUCCUCCCUGUCUGCACCGUCCCUCCGCACCCCAGGUGAGCCCUCCAGGAGAGACCCCUCCCCUCACUGCGCUGGAAGACAAUCAGGAAAUCUUCCUCCUGGACCUCCUCAGAUCUUCAGAGGGAACAAACCAGGCAGAGAUCCAGGAUCCAACCAGUCUCCCGUCAGAGGACCUCAUCGGAACACACUGGGCACGCCUGGCACACACUCCUCAAGACCUCAGCAGGACACCCCCGAUCCUCCGUCAUGGUCCAAACCUCCGGUCCUCCCUCCCCCCUCCUCGUCCAUCAGCAGGAGCAACUCCUCGGCCAGAGCUGCCCCCGCCAGAUUUGAUGGGAGGAGAGAGAUAAACGAUGAAGCUAUUAAACACAAUACCUUCCCCCUGCAACAUAAAAACCUGCCCCCCCGCCCUGGACUCCCAGGGCCUCCGUCCCGCCACGGAGACAGUCUGCCUCCAAAUGUUCCCUCAACAGGAUCUCUGCCUCCAAAUCUGCAACCAGGGAUGGGGGACCACAGAGGAAGCUUCUUAGGAUCAGACAGACAGUCGUUUCGUCCUCCUCCUUCCAUGUCACCCCGCACAAAGGAGAUGGACGGUCGUUGGUAUGUGGGUAAAGUGACCAGAGGUCAGGCAGAGGGAUGUCUGAAGAGAGUCAACAAGGACGGGGCGUACCUGGUGAGGGACUCCACACGGCAGCUGGCCAAUCAGCCGUUCACCCUGAUGGUGUUCUACCAGGACAAAGUGUUCAACAUCCAGAUCAGACAGCAGAACCAUCAGUUCCUGCUGGGAACCGGACUCAAAGUGCAGGAGUCUUUCCCUUCAGUGAGUGAGAUCAUCAGUCAUUACUCUCAGUCUCCUCUGCUCCUCAUCGACGCGAAAAACAGACGUUCAGGCCAGCAGAACCAGUGUCUGCUGUCAGACCCAGCCGGGUACUACAUGAACGGAUAGAACUGGUCCCAACCCAUCAGAACGGAUCAGAUUGCAUGAGUCAAACUGAAUUUGGGAGCCCGACAGGCAGGGUAGAGAAAACUGUGCACCUCAGACGUGCUCAGGAGGUGUGAUGAAGUGAUGAUGUCACUCUUUUGCACAGUUUGCUUUGUUUGUGUAUUUUUUCAGUUUCUAGUUUUACGUCGACACUGUUUCAUAACGGUUAAGGGUUUUGGACUCUUCUCUGACAUGUUCUGACUUUAAAGUCUUUUAGUUUUAUCUCUGCUUCAGGCUUCUUUGGGUAUAACACAGAGCCCCUACGGUCCCUCAGAGGUGAUUGUUUCUAUCUUGAGCUCACAGGAUAAGUCGUUUGGGAGGCGUGUGUGAUGAACCUGACAUGAACAUUCACUUUGGCUUCAACACGCUGUUUAUUUUAGCAGCGCUCAUUACAAAUGUACACAACGUGAGGCGCAGCCCUCAACUCUGACCAGCAGAGGACGCUUAUGUUACUCUGAAGUACCAUUCUCGGUGUAAGGCUCAUAAGAUACAUCAAUUACAGUAUUCAUACAAUAAUAAAAAAUGCUGGCAGAUAACAACACUUAAAGAGGUGAAUUAAUAUUUUUUCAUAGCUAAUAAACAGAUCUGAAGUUAAAAGUUGAUGUCAAGACUAAACAUGGGCAGGGUUUCAGACUAUGGGGUAAAGGUGCGUUGGCGUAACCUCAGGAUGAAACCGCAGGCUUCUCUGAACGACUUCUUCAAAAAGACACACGAGUAUUAUACGAGAGAGGGACACAAGAUUUACUCAAACUGUGACAUCACAGAUUGGUGAACCUCCUUACAAGGGCGUAAUAAACGUAACACUCACCAAACAGAGACGUCCUGCUCUGUUCUUUGUUGAUGGGGAUUAUUUUUGUCCCUUUACAAACUUUCAGGGUCCAAAACAUUCGGCCAUGUUUCAUCAUCUGUUCUUUUAAUAAAUAGAGAGGGUUCCGGUAUGCUUGGUUCCAUAGUGAUGUGAUCUGUAGUCCUUUGAUGCUCCUUAAAGAGAAAGUAGCUGAAAUGAAGUGUUUCACACAGAGGCUGUAAUGAGUGUUUUCAAAGACAGCAGCUUGAGAUCAGUAAAGAGUGUUUGAGUUUUAAAUCAUGUGAAGCUGCUACAGAGCUAUCAGAGGGACCAGAUGAAGACUGAACAUGAGCAGGAUAUACACUCUGUAAGGAUGAAUGAUGGAAGGUGGAAUCGUUACCACAGGUGAAUGACUUGUGUGCUCGAGAUAAAAAUCAUCACCUCAUGGGACUUCAGGGGCUCUGCAGCAUCUUUUUGCUGGAAUGCUUUAUCAUUUUUAAACAUUUAGCUGUAAUAAAUCAAACUAUCAAACUGUUAACUGCUCUGGCUCUGAAGAAAGAUGCAUGCAGUUUAGUUUAGUUUAAGCAAAGAGCGAGCAUCCAGGAUUCAAACUUCACUGUACACAUCAUUUUGAAUUCACUGUAAAUGUGUCGCCCGUCUUCAUUAAAACAUCCUGAAAACAUC